GAUGACUGAAAAAAACAUAAACAAAACAUGGCGUCGACAGUAUCUGAGGAGGAAUCGGAUAAUUUUUCUGAUCAUUCCCAAUUUUCUCUAGCAUGGGAUGAAAGUUUUUGUGAGAAAAAUGAUAGUUCAUCCACCAAAUCAGUAACUACUGAAAAAACGAAGAAUGUGGUGACCAAUAUAAUCAACCGACAAUUAUACGGAAGAUUUACCAAGAAUCCGAGAGCUAAGAGCGAAAGAUUAUUCAAUAGUGUGCACACAAAAUGCAGAUUUGCCCUAAGCUCGUUGAUCAAAGACCCAGAUGCAUUCAGUCACAUUUAUAUGGGCUUCACAAUGUGUGGACAAUUCUUCAUCAGCUACACUGAAAAAAUGUAUCAAUAUGAAGGACCCCAAAAUUUUAAUCCAACCUAUGAAUAUGAACUCUACUUAUGGAGGUUCAUUCCUGGACAAAAACUAAAAUUAUCAUCAAAACACAAAAUAUUCAAACAUCACAAUAAUCUACACCUCAAAGGGUCAGAAGUUCUUGACAAAGUAAUGUUCCUACAAUUUCCUAGAGAUUAUCAUAAAAUAGUUUGUUAUGGUCUAGCUGCUACAAAUCCAGAUUUAGUAUAUGUUUCUAUAUUAACCUUGCCUGCACCAAAAAGCUGCAAGCAUUGUAAUCCCCCUGUAUCUACUAGUGAUGAAUCCCUGAACCAAGGAUGGUGUGUUAGACACGGCUUCAUAGUCCACUACAUGUUCUCAAUGACUCAACCUGGGCCUCCUUUCGACCCACAUACCUCCUUAGCCUACCCAAACCACUUAGUCAUAAACACGGGUCAUCACAUUCACAUAAUGAGCGUUUCUUCAAUGGAACCCCAAUUGACCAUUCCUUUAUCAAUUUCUAAGGAAGACGACAAACUACCUCCAAAUACGCCCACUCACACCUUCAAUGAUACACUUAGCGAAGUAUCAGAGACUACCAGCGAGCACUUCGGCUCUAACAGUAUUGUAGAUGCCAUUCUAGAAGAUUUUAGUGAGUAUGACCUAGAGUCCAACGAAUGUAACAAGCCAUUCCACGAACUGAACAUCAGUUGCGAGCCCCUCAACGUAACUGGCAAAAGCUAUCAUAAUACAUUAGUCCAAAAUAUUGUAGAUCCAAGACUGAAGCGUUUGCAAGGCGGCAGUAAGGAGUACCUGUUCUCUGUUCCUCAGACUUCAGGUGCGCAGAAAGCUUCCGAAAAGACUAAGAUCGAUAAGAAAACGGCCGAGAAGGCGUACGAGUUCAUUGAAGAGAACGAAAAAUACGAAAAGAUAAGUUCUUUUCGCAAAAAGAGGCUCGCCGAGAAGAAAUACGAGUUUUCGGAGGACAAUAGCGAGAACAUAGUACCGUUCAACUCGCUGAGACGCGAACGAAGGUACUUCUGCAGAUCCCAGAGCCGCUCUAUCCGCUCGCCCGAUUUCAACUCGUUGUUUCUCAGCCCUAGAUCUUCGGGUCUGCGGUCCCCCAUGCAGUCCCCCAACUCUCGGAAUGGCCAGUUUUCGCCGAGCAGCACGCGCAACCUCUAUUGCCCCUCCUUACGCAACUCCCCCCACCACUCCAAGUCCCCCAUUAGUCCCAGGGAGUCGGCCAGGAAGUUCUACGUGUACUCGCCGAGCAUCGACGGCGAUUGGUCGGAUUCCGAUUCUAGGUUGAUCUUAAGGACGUCCAAUGUGUCUACCUCAAGUGAUAAUAGGUUUAGUAACAAUGGACUGCUGAUCGUCGAUCCGAAAGUCGAAACCCCCAAGUGGAUCAAGAGGGUCGUCAGGAGAUAUUCCAAUGGGGAUUUCGAAAAUAGUUCCUUGGUAUCUGGACAAAGUAGAGAUGAUUAUAAUAUACCCAUAGAAAUACCUUUACUGGUGCAAAAUUUAACAGAACAACAUUUAGAUGUAGUGCCAGACUUCAAGGUCGAUCAAGUGACUGAAAUGCAACUGAUAGUUACUCAGAGAUCUUUUGACUGUGAGCACUUUGUACAGAGACAUGCUCAAAAAAUAUGCUCAGAAGCUCAGCUAGAAUUUCUUCAUUGUGAAGACUAUGACAUAAAAAUAAUCCAUAUAUGUCCAAUCAACGGCCAAAUAAUCUGCCACGCCAUAAUAAAAAUGGGCGCCUUGCGCAAAGUCGACCCGUACGGCAAACCCGAAACCUUCACGGCCAACUUCCUGUUCACCUGGAGCAUCGAGACCGAUGCCUUCGACGUGCUCGAACCGGCCAAACUCAACCCCGCCCACCUGCCCCUCGACAUUCCCGAGUACGAUGUGCCCAGGAGCCGCGGAGUCCUCGUGAUGGACUUCAACUACGCUGCCACCAAGCCCAGUCUCAGGGACUUCGAUAACAACUACGAGGUGUGUCUGGGGUCGGCCAAUGUGGCCCACAUCCGGAUACACAAUUUCGGCGUCCAGGAGUACGAAUCCAGCGAUUCAGACUGAGACAUGAAGGUACCUACUCCAAUUUUGUUAUGUCUGGAUAGUUGUUAUGGGGCAUUCACUUGCAUCCCCUCCUGGAAGAAAUAUAUGAUUGGGCCAAAGAAUACGAAGAGUAAGAACCUACCUAUUUCGAAAAAUGGAAAUAAUUUGUUUCUGUG